AUGGUGCAGCACGGCGCCGUCUUCAUGGGCACCCACAGAGCUGAGGGAUGGCUGGCUGCCAGCACCUUUGCCCCCUCCACUGUGCAGUCCUCGAAAGGGACAAUGCUAGAAUUAGAAGGUCCCGCUGGUGGAAGACUUGCUAGCAGUUAUGGCAAAGUUUUCACCCUGUGGAUAGGGCACAACCCUGUGGUUGUGCUGUCUGGAUAUGAAGCUGUGGAAGAUGCCCUGGUCAACAACUCUGACGCACUAUCUGGACGACCGCUGAUCCCUUUUUUUAAGCUUCUGGGAAAUGAAAAGGGUAUUAUGUUUUCCAAUGGCGAAACCUGGUGGCAGCAGAGACAUUUCGGAAGGGCCAUUCUGCAGAAACUGGUGAUCGAGACGAAAGAUCUGUCUCAUCAAAUCGGAGAGGAGGGCCGACAGCUGGUGGAGACGUUUGCAAAUGAAAAGGGGGAGCCUACAGACCCUUCAUGGCCGAUCUUGCAUUCUGUCUCCAAAAUGAUUUGCGCCGCUGCAUUCGGACACCCGUUCCCCAUCGAGAACGAAGCCUUGCACACGCUGACGGAACACAUUAAUGCCAUUACGAAGUUCGGGGGCUCUCUUGGAGUUCUGUUAUAUAACAUGGUUCCUUCACUUAUGAAAUACAUCCCUGGACCACACCAGUCAGCGAUAAAGUCCUGUGAAAUGAUACGUUCCUUUAUCCAGAAGGAGGUGGAAAACCAUAAGAAGAAUGGACCUCCCCAUGAGCGCCGGGGCUAUAUUGAUUACUAUUUGGCUCAAAUGAAAACAGAGAAAACGGACUCCACUUCUACAUUUAAUGAGGACAACCUGGUACAAAGCGUUGCUGACUUCUUUAUUGCAGGCACGGAUACCACGGCUGCUACCCUGUCCUGGGCGUUGCUUUACAUGGUGGCUCAUCCUGAUAUCCAAGCGAAAGUCCAAGAUGAGCUAGACAACGGUCUCGAAUCCUUCAAAGUAGUCUGCUACGACGAUCGGAAGAAACUGCCGUAUACCCGGGCUGUAUUAAAUGAGGUCCAGCGCUUCAGCAAUGUCAAGUUGUUCGGGCUGCUCAAACUGUGUACGGAGAAUGUGAACAUCCUUGGCAACUUAAUCCCAAAGGAUACUCUUGUGAUUGCAGAUCUAUGUUCGGUCCUCCUUGAUCCCACAAAAUGGGAGACACCUGAGAAAUUCAACCCUAACCACUUCUUGGAUAAAGAUGGACAUUUUAUCAUUAGAGAUGAAUUCUUCCCAUUUGCAGCAGGAGACCGGGCGUGUGUGGGGAAGCUAUUUGCACGGACUCAGCUCUUCAUUUUCUUUGCAUGGCUCCUGAAAGCAUUCACAUUCCGCCUCCCGGAGGGUGUGAAAGACGUGGACACAGAACCCGUCAUAGGGGCUGUGGUCUAUCCCCGUCCUUACAAGAUCUGUGCGAUUCCUCGCUAAGCUGCAGCGCUUCAAAAACCACAGACAGAAGACCUUAUUUGUCACUGUGAAACCUCUUAUGUCACUGUGAAACCAGCCUCUCUUUGCCCUCCUGUCCUUGCUUCUCAUUUUUUCUCGGGCAUUCCUGUCCUCAGUAGUGUUGCCAACCCCCAGGUGGUACCUGGAGGUCUGCUGGUACCAGGAAGUCUGCAUGGAUCUCCAGCUGACGGAGACCAGUUUCUCUGGAGAACAUUCCAGCUUUGGAAGGUGCAGUCUAUGGUGUUAUGCCCCCACUGAAGUCUCCCUCCUUCCCCAAACCUUGCCCUCCAGGUGUUCCCCAACUUGGAGCUGGCAGCCCUAUAUCUUGAAGGACAUUGUAGAUGUUCCACACUCAAAGAAUUGGCCUCAGAAGACCUAGGAAUCCAUUGCUUUGGAGAUGUGUGUUGGGAACAUGACUAUCAUUCUAUAUCAGACGGGGAGAUACAGGGUGGGAGAGUGAUAUUAUGUCAUGUCUGUCGACCUCCUUUCAAUAACCCGACUCAGGAUGCAGAAAUCAGGUUUAUUGCAUGGAAGUAUGAACUGGUACACACCAAAGGUUUUUGCCGAACCUGGCAUUCAUGUACACCAGUGAUGGCAAGCCUUUUCGAGAUCGAGUGCCCAAAUUGCAACCCAAAACCUGCUUAUUUAUUGCAAAGUGCCAACACGGCCAUUUAACCUGAAUACUGAGGUU